AAAUAUAAAAAAGAAAUAAAAAUAAAUAAAUGAUAAAAUCAAAACACAAACACGCGGAACCUGCGGUGGACUUCCUUACAGAAGAAGAGUGUUUGGCCCGGGAACAAAGACACUUGCAGCGUCUGCAGGAUGUCCGCAUCAGCGUGGCGUUCAUCUACAAUGUCAAUAAGGAGUACACGGAGCUAAAGGCGGAGAAAUUGGAGUUGGACAAGUGGGACGAUUACCUAGCCUGCGAUGGUAUGCCCCGUCCCGAUUUUCCCUGUGAGAUUCGACACUUUUUGUUCAAGCUGCGGCACGAUGAGCGUAUGGCGGCCGACGGUGACAUUAACUGGACGUUGGCCAUCAACGAGCGAAGCAUCCUGUCGCAUGAUCCCAAUCGACAGGACUUGACCCGCCGGAACCUGAUGGUAACUAUGAGGCCCGAUAUCGGCAAGCUGUACGAGAAGACCGUGCAGGGACUCCUGCAAACCCAUUUGCGAGUGGAACGAGCUCUGCGAAACGAGGCAGAGCUCCUUAAAAUGCCGAUUCUGCGAGCCUUGGAGCUGACAAAGAUACCUGCGGAACUGCACAAGGAAAUUGAGACCUUCUUUGAUAAGCUUGCCUACCGUGUCAUCUGCGCUCCCGAAGCCUACAUGACAAAUACAGGCAGUACGUUAACGUACUAUUGCCACAACUGCAGCAACUUUAACUUCCAGAUAUGGGGCCUGCAGGAUGUUCCCAUUCGCUUUCAGUAUCUGCGACUGCCUUUAAUAUAUUCGGAUCUAAAAUGCAUUGAAGCCACCCUUCAGCUGCCACUCAGUGUGCUUAGUGACAAUCUAACACUGCGUUGUGUGCACACCUUCUUCGAUCCUUUCUCUCACCUGGCCAAGAGCUACAAUUUAAGUCUUGAUACCGAUACCAAUCCCACUUGUGGCAUGCCGGAAAUCGAGGAUAGUCUGUUGAGCGAGUGGAUGGCCCAGCUUGAAAUACAGGAUCAGUUGGUAAUGAAGAUGGAGGCGCAGAUGGAAGCCUACAAUACAACCAUGGCGGCCAUUGAAGCUGCAGUAGCGGCAAAACAAAAGAAACAAGCUGACAAUGUGAAAGGACCUCCAGUGCCAAGAGCUCCAAAGAUGCCGCUGGCUAUACCGGAGGGCCAGUUACCCAAUCCCUAUCCGUUGUUCCUCAAACAGAGUAGGCAAGAGUGCACCGAUUUCUUCAAUGAGAACUUCCAUCCCGACAACAUCAAUCUGCUGGAGCAUGAGGUCAACCUGCGGCGCUACAUGAUUGUGGGAGGUGUUAUUUCGAUAGUGUUUGUGCGGAAACCGCGGCACACCGCCUUCGAGAAGUUCAAUCUGACACUGCACGAGGAUGGGCGCGUAUUGAAAGUGGUUCUGGACCAACUCAAUUGCAGCAGGCAUACCUCCUCGUCUGGCCAGGCCGAGGUGGAGCGGGGGUCCACACGCCAGAACAUCGAGAUGACUGACUCCGAUCUCAAGCUGCACCUGGAGUCGGAUGAGUUGCCAUUUUACUUUCUCACCUUUAAGGUGCCCAAGAAGUUAUGCCUGUGGGCCGAUCCUAUGGUCUGCCAGUUUAUCGAGGAGGAGGUCGAGAUACCUUCGAUUGAAGAAGAAGUCGAUGCGUUCGAUAUGGAAAAGAAGAACAAGAAGAAGCGCGGCCGGAAGGAGAAGCUGAAGGAGGCGGCGUCAAGGUCAAGUGGUGGUAAGCAAAGUGACGAGGCACCAAGUGGGAGAGGGUCAACGCAACGCCAACUGAACCGAGCCUCGGCCAACAUUUACAGAGAGAGCGCGCUAGACACGAUACGGAAAAGCCACAUUGACACUGAGCUAAUAAGUAUUGACUCGGUGGAAAACUUUGUGCUAAAUAUAGAGCCUCUCACUCGGUCGAGGGCGACCCUGCUUAAGAAGCUAUGCAUCCCGCGGAUUAUAUCCUCAUUCAAGUUUCCGCAGGAGUUCAAGGACGAGCAAACGGAGGAACAAACCACCAAAAAAACCAAUGGUCCCAUCUAUCGGCGACGAUUGGCAGAAUCUAUCACUGCCGAAGAUAUCAAAGAGUUCUCUCUCAACUACGAUGAUCAAACUGAACCCGAGCGACUUUAUCCUCUGUUUCAGAGCCCAGUGGCUUCUAAGAAAGUAAAGAAAUAUGAUAUCGCUUCUAGGAAGGCGGAAGUCUCUAGCUUCCUUCACGAUAACCUAUUUGCGUUGAUAAAAACCCUGGAUGAGAUCAAAGAAAAGUACGAGGAAAGCCCCAAGAAAUUGGAGGAACAAACUGUGCCGCACGCCAUUAGAACGCCCAAACGUCGUGUUUCUGAAAUGAGGGAUAUCUCUAGUCGAGCUUCUACCAGGGGUAAUCUACUUAUACGAAAAUCGGGCAGCAUUGAGCCGGACAUUGAUAUAGAAAAUAGAGAGUCCGAUACCGAAACCAAUGCAUAUCCACGAAAGUCAAGGCCAAUGAGUGUAGCACAAAUCGAAUUUCCUCGCCGAAUCAUCGAAGGUCCUCGCCCCAAACCCAAAAAAGUCAAGCACUGGACCACCGAAUAUAUCCUGCAGUCGAACUAUGACAGGGAGAGCAAGAUCCUGACGGUGAAGACAGACCGCCUGGGUAACUUUGGGUUCGCCUUUCCGCGCUACACCCACUUUCCAUUCCGUGACUGGUACCUGGGGGCGAACGAGGAGAAUCCCGAUGAGAUCUUCUUCACCCUGGACACUUUCCAUUGCCGGGUGGUCUUCAUCAUAAGCAAGGAUGGCAUCCGAGGAUAUGCGAUUGAUGUGCCCAAGGAGUACAUUGCCAAGCCGUUCAGAUAUAUUGAUAUCGAGAAGCCCGUUGCAGAUUUCGUCGAGCUGCGCAAGCUCUUUCAGGAUAAUAAUCUGAAUGUGUUUGCGGAGAUUGACGCAUAUUUCUACAUUGACCAGGACUACUUCUCUCAGAAGCAUCUGGCGGCGGAAUUGCACAUCUACGACGCAAUGACCUUGCACUGCAAACUGCUGAAGUUCAAACAUAGUGACUGGAACCGUUUGGCCACGGACAGGGAUAUCGUGCUCUGUCUGCGCAACUACCGGGAUUCCCUAGAGAUUGGAGAUAUCACCGUGCGGGUCACACCGGAGGCUUCGACCUUUGUGGAGGUUUCAGAGCUUUGCUCGGAGAACCUUGAUGUCUUCAACUUGCACUAUGAGUCUACCUGGCGCAACAUGGGGAACUACUCGGAUCUACAUCAGCUGAUCAACUCCAUGAAUCCGAAUGCAACGGACGCUCAAAACCGGGAUGCCGGGCAGAUGUUCUACCUCCGCAAACUCCUCGAGGAGAUCCGACCCCUGAGCUUCGCCUAGCCCUGACGCUUCUUAAAUUGUGACACCCCAAAACAAAGCAGACAUAAAAAAUGCAUACACUUCUAAAUUAACUGCAAUUAAAAUAAAUUGCCAACGGACAUUGUU